AUGGACAACGGUGUACAACAACAACAACAUUUCCCACUACAAAAACUCGUGUUGGGUGAAGUGAAUGCUCUUAUUUUGGGCAUGCGGAAUGUACAUUCUAUGAGAUUUUCCAAUCGAUAUAGAUUUCAAUACGAAAAUAUACCAAGACAACAAGGAUCUGUAGGAAAUGAAAGUUCAAUUCUCAUCGGAAUGCGAAACUUGAGAGAAAGGAUUAGCAGCAACUUAACAUGGCAAACAUUAUCAACCAUGGACAUACUCCAACCGUUCUUUGCCAUCAUAAAAUCCGAAGACACAGAAGGCAGGCUUACAUCAAUGGCUUUGAGAUCACUCCAAAAAUUCUUGGAGUUCCCUGAUUUUAUUGGAGUAUCUCAAUCGACACAUCAUAAUAACUCGGAGGACGCAAAGAUAAUAAUUGAAGAAAUAGUAACAAGUGUUCAACAAUGUCAAUUUGAAUUCAAUGCAACAGACUCUGGAUCAAUUUCUGAAGCAGGAGGACCAAUUAUUUUGGAUCAUUCAUUGGGAAGUGGUUUAGGAUCAAUUGCAUCUGUUUCUUCGGAAACAUCUCUUCUCGAAUCUGUUCUUACUCAAAUUAUUAAUACGUUUUUAUGUUGUGUGAAAAGUGAGGCAGGAAAACUAUUGGACGAAUCAACAAUCUUGGAGAUUAUAAAAAGUAUUUUAAGGAUUGGCAGAGAAACACGUCCAUCUACAGAUUCCCUCAGAAAAACUGCUGAAUUAGCCAUUUAUGAUAUAGUAACAAUUAUAUUUUCGAGAAGACUCAAUGAAAAAUCCAACGAAUCAUCUACAACAGGAGAAUUAAUUUUUGAAUUUAUUUGUGACAUGUGUGAUAUUUAUAGUACUUCAUCUGCGGUGCCGGACACAUCUUCACAGCCCUCCAUGAAAUUAGGAUCAAGUACAAAUACCAUGUCAACAACAGUCAAUAGUAUUGGAACGAGAUAUCUGGGUAUUAACUUGGCUUGUCAUGUGAUUGAACUAUUGGGUGAUAGAUUAACUUUAUCAAGUUAUCAGAACAUAUUAAGAAUGGUUUGUAACCAGUUAUGUCGAGCCUUGCUACGAAAUGUGAACAUUUCUUAUCAAACAAUUCUUUUCUUAGCAAAUGGUGAAAUGAUGUUUAGCGGAAGUACUCAAUCUGGACUUGGAUCAAAUUCUACAAUUACUUCAAGCGUUCUUGCUACCGCAAAUGGAGGCAAUCUUCAACCCACUCACUCUAAUUAUGGAAAUAAUCUCAUGCUUCUUUCAGCAGCUUUGAAAUGUUCAAUUACCUAUUUAUUCAGUUUAGCCAACAUUAGAAUUUUUUUACAUGAACAAAUUUCAGCUAUUCUCCUUUCAUUACUUCAACAUCUUUCUCCAUCACAGCAACAAUAUGGAUCAAGUUCAAAAAAGAGUCAAUUUUCUAACUCACCGAUUUUAGGAAACACUUCAUUAUUUCUACCAUUCGAACUACAAGAAUUAAUUUUAGAGUAUCUUGUUGAAGUGUGUAGAGACUCCAAUUUUAUUGCAUUUCUAUAUCGUCAUUAUGAUUGCUAUGGAUGUUUUGACAAGAAGAAUCAAGUCAAUGUAAAUAGCAUUCCCAAUCUUUUUGAACACAUUUAUUUAUAUCUGAACAGCUAUAUCGGCUUGAAUAGCUCUGUAAGCGGAACCAUGUUGGGAAAUCCAUCAAUUCAAAACAACAUAAUAGGAAAUACCAUUCAGAUAGGUCAGAGUGGUUCAUCCAAUUUUAAUAACUUUACGAGUAAUAGUAGUAGUAGUACAUCACUUUCUUCAUCUUCUCUCGGCAGUUCCAAUUUACAUACAUUACAUGUUUUAGCAUGGCAAGGCCUAUUAAGUGUUGUAAGAUGCUUGGCAGAGAGAUGUCAGGAACAACAAGAACAAAAUGUUAGACAAUCUCUAGAUAUGAAUGUAGUCAAUAACAUGACAUCUGAAAUCAAAUUACACAAAAAACAAAAACAUAGAAUGAUGGAAAUUGUCUCUCUAUUUAAUAGCAGCCCUUUGGAAGGAGUGACACAAUUACUACAAAUUUACAAUAUCACAAUUCCAAAAGAUCUUACCUCUUUCAUAAGAAAUGAAAACAGUGUGGAUGAAAAUUCCAUAACAGUAGAUUGGAAUGAGGCUGUCAGUUUAUUGCAACGUGCUUCUGAAAAAAUUUCAAACUUUCUUCUCGAAUAUAAUGUUUGGCUAGACAAGCAAAAGAUUGUUGAUUAUUUCAAUAGUUUUUCAUCACCUGCCAAUACAAUAGUUGAUAUUAAGAUUAAGGAAAGUGCUUUCACAGAAACUAACAGAACACUUACAGAAAAUACCUACUUAAUUCCAAUUCUUAGCAAAUCGAAAAAAGAUCCGCUUAGAAAUGUAUUACCACUGGAAGUUAUGAGACAGUUUAUGGAUGGUUUUGAUUUUUAUGGGAUGAGAAUUGAUGAAGCAAUGAGAUAUUUCAUUAAUAGAUGCAAAAUUUCUGGCGAAGGUCAACAGGUAGAAAGGAUUGUUAAACUUCUUGGAGAGUGCUAUUAUAGAGAUAAUAACACAAAUUUUGCAAAAGAAAGACACAUCUCAUGUAAUGCUCGUAUAGUUCCUGCCGUUCCUUAUUUAGCGAACGGAGAACAAGCAUGGAUUUUGGCUGUUGCUAUCAUGAUGUUGCACACUGAUUUACACCAUCAUCACAAUAGAAACAAUAGAAUGAAUCUUGAAGGAUUUAUAAGAACUGUUGGUUAUCAUGAAGAGCUUCAAGAUAUGCCAAAAGAGGAGCUUCAAAAGAUUUUUCAUUAUGUUUUAACAAAUGAAUUUGAAGUAGUGACAGGUUUAAUUGAUUCUUACAAAAGUGAAACAGUAUGGAACGAGCUUAUUAUCAGAGGAUCCAUGGAAUAUUACGAACGAAACUUUAACCAAAAAUCUUCUUCAAUUUCCAACGAAAAUGACAAUCUACUACCCUUCAUUUAUGACAUGGAAAUGUUCCAGAGCAUGUGGGGACAUGUAAUAUUGGCUACAACCAUCAUUUUAGAAAACUCAGACGAUAUUCAUUUAUUAGAAUUGGCAAUCAGAGGAUUUCUUGAUAGCGCCAGAGUCGCUGCAACUUAUCACCUCCAUCAUGUUUUUGAUAAUUUGGUAAUUACUCUAUGCAAAUUUACUACUCUAUUGGACGGGGUUACUCCUCCUUCUAUUUCAGUUGUGAACUGUUCAAACAAUUCCAGUCAACAAACUUUAGACAGUACUGGAUUAACUUGGCCAACCAAUACAUCUAUUUCAACUACAAUAGUUUCUCAUGAUGGUGUGGUAAUCUCAACAAUUAAUGGAGGUGUAGAUGGUGUUGUGACAUCCCCAGCUUCACCAUCAGCUAAUAAUCAAAUCAUCAAUUCCUCUUCUUCAUCUUUCAACUCAAAUAUUGGCAGUAAGGUUGCAUCUUCAUCAAGAACUGAUAAGAAUAGAUCCAUAGUUAUGUUUGGCCAUAAUGAAAAAGCAAAACUUGCUUGCAGAACUGUGUUUGCAAUUACUAGAAAAUAUGGAGAUAAUUUACGCGAAGGAUGGAAAAAUAUUCUUGAUCUUAUUUGCAGAAUGAGAGAACUCGAAUUAUUGCCAGAGUCACUUGUAGAGUCUCGACUUGUGAGACAACUCAGAGAAUUUCAAUUUUCAUCAUCACACGAGUCAAAGAUUUCUUCUCCAAGAAAAGAAAGUGGAUCAGAUCAGUCCUUAUCAAAUCAAGCCUCGUCACAACUAUUAACCUCAGGAUCUUCUCUUUAUGGACAUAUCAUUUCAAGCAUUUCUAAGAGUGCUACCAAAAAGUUAAAACCCAAGUCUCAAAAUCAAACACAAACACAAGUUAAAAGUGCAACAUUCUCUCUCUUGUCAAGCGUUUUUGGGGGUUUCUAUGGUAGCAGUAGCAGCGAAGAAUCUAAUGUAAAAAAGAAAAAUAACUGGGAUGACUCCGAUGACUCGGACGAUGAUAGUGAGUCUCAAGCACUUGGAGGACAAGACACAGAAUUUGAACACUUUUCAAUUGAGAUUAAGCAUGCUUUGGACGAAGCGAGAAAAUGCAUUGAACAAUGUCGUAUUGUUGAACUAUUGAUGAUGGAUGCCAAAGAGUUGAGCGGUCAUUCGUUAGAAUAUUUACUUAGUGCAUUGAUUAGAAAUGGCAAACCAAGUGGUGUUUUAAUGUCUAUGCAUAUACCUGCUCCACACCUCUUUGCUCUAAAGACAAGUACAACACCACAAAAACAAUCACCAACAUCUAAUUCUACUGUUACGUAUUAUUAUUACGAACGUGACAUUGAAACCUCACUAUUUUGUUUGGAUUUACUCUGUGAUGUGCUAAUUAGCAACAAUCUAAAUAGAAAUACCAUCACAGAUCGAUUGAAACUCAUUUGGAAUUAUGCAUAUGGUCAUGUAUAUAAGCUCAUGAUAUCAAUUUUACAAAUAUAUGAGCCUAUCAACGUUAUACAAUCCAUUUAUCAAGUCUCUUCAAGUGCACAAAGUGCACCUUCUUCUCUUGGCUCGUCAUCAAAAGUUAGUGGUAGUACUAAUUCACUUCCUUCAGAAAGGGCUAGCCCAAUCUCUACUUCAACAACAACUUUACGUACACGAAUGACCAAACAACAUUAUCAUAUUCUUCAAAGAUGUAUUACAUGUAUUUGGAGAUUAUGCAUGGAAUUGUCUACUCCUUCAACAUCACUUAACCAAGUUACCGACAAAUCCUCUUCCGAGCAACAAGAAUGGUCCUUUAUUCAAAAAGAAAUGUUAUCUGUUCUUAUUGAUCACCUUGGAAAGCAGUGGAAUGAGGGUCUUCUUGGAGUAUUUCACAUGAGCCUACUUCCAAUGAUUCACAUGUUUUUAUCAAGGCAUGGUGAAAAUCUUUUAUCACCAAUGGGGAAAAAAUUCAUUCAUGAGAGAACCAACAUGACAAACAAUACUAGUGGAAAUACUUUGGUGCUUUCCUCAAUAUCCCAAGUAAUUGUUGAAUUUUGGGAUCAUUUAGUUUUUAAGAUGUUAAAAAGUAUUUCAACUGCCUCAACUAGUUGGAUCAACAACAAUCCAAGUAGUACUUUAUUCACUUCACUAAAACCUUCUCAACAAUUACAACUAAUAUCAAGAUCAUUGGACGUAUUAACAUUAAGCUUACAACAAAAUACCACCCACUCUCAAGACAGUAGUAAUUUCAAUAUUUGGUUCGUGGUUCCAGACAAUAUUCCAACCUUUGUACAAACGUUAAUUUCCAUUCUCAGUGCCUCCAUAACUACCAAUGUCAAUGUACAAAGCUCAAACUCAAACCAUACUCAGUUUAUUGGAACACUUAAAAAACUCAUGACACUCGCACAAGACAUUUUAUCAAUAUUAGAAAAUUUAGUUCCUGAAAUUUUGAAAAGAAUUGUCUCAACAGCAUUUUCAUCUGUUAAUGGCUCCCAAAACGUAAUACGAUUAGACAACAAAUGGAUCAAUGCUUGGCUUUCAAUUUUAGAGGGAAUUUCAGUUUUUUGUUGUACGGGAGGAAUUAACAAUUCGUCGAGCUCAGGAAAUGCUUUGCAUUUACUCAUGUCACAACUUAAUAAUAAUCAAAUUCAAAUGCUGUCUCAGCUUCAAAGAGAUAUUAGAACACAAGCCCUCUCUGCACUUCAAAGAUCUCUCAUUGUCAGUUGUGACUUUAAAUACGCUUCAUCCUUGAACCAGCAAUUAAUGAAUGAUUCUCCAAAUGAGAAUCUUAAGUAUUUACUUAAUGACCAAUUAUUGAUGCUCUGUAUGGAAAAGGUAUUAAUCAAAUCUUUCCUUCAAACUCUUUUAGGCUUGAAACCAAAAACAACAGAAUACCAAUCUAAUCACAAUACUGAAAUGGAUAUCUCAUCUCUGGAAGAACUUCGUGUCCGUGCUAACAAUUUAUUGGCCAGGAUAUUCCUCCACUUUCUGCCUAGAAUGUUCACAAUUUCAGAGAACCAACAGGAGAGUGGUUUUCACUCGUUGUGGCUUUUGAUUCUCCAAAUCAUGUAUAGCUUUUUGUUGGUAAAACCAAAGAGUGACCACUUAAGGGAAGCUUUACCUGAAUUACUUAAGAAUAUGAUUCUUGUUAUGAAUAAUAUUGAGGUGUUCAAAUUGAAUCCUCAAUUAUGGACUCUUACAGAGAAUGAGCUUUCCCAAACUAUGCCUUCACUUGUUGAGGAUGUGAAACCACGAAUUAUUGCUUCAAUGAAUAGUAAUCAAUCCGACAAUAACCUUUCCAAUGAGAGUGAGACCAAUGCUUCUCCUGCUGCAACAAGCUCUGUUCUACCAACUCCGAACGAACAAGAGGUAACUCAGCCAAGGCAACAAUGA